UUUUUUUUUUUUUUUUUUUUUUGAACAUCUGUCUUUUUUUGUUACUUUUUCUUCAUCCCGCAUCCCUUUCUCCUCCAUAACUCCUCCAUCUGCCGUAUUUUUUUUAUAUCUUUAUAUCACUGUUGCAAUACAGGAAGAAACCACCUUGGGUUGUCUUUUUCACUUUUCUUCUUUCUUUUGCUCGUUACUUCUUUUUUUUUUUGGUUUUAUCUUCUAUCUGUUUUCGCCUCUGGGUCCUCGUCCCUCGUUCUUUCUUCUGUUUCAUACAUACCAUUACUCGCCAUGGGUCAAGGUGCCAGCAAAGCACAAGGAUCAAUCACCUUUGCUCAUUUAGCAGCUUCCGCUAAAAUGGAUGGUGUUCUUCCAUCCUGGGAUGACGAAGAUCCCAUUCUCGCUAGACCUUAUUUGUACGGAUUGGCGGACAAAUCUCACAUGAGCUUUCCACCACCCCUUUGUGAUAUCUCGAUACCCAGUUCGUCUUCCUCCAUGUCGACGUUAGCUUCCUCUUCCUCUCGAUUAUCAAUUCACACAGCCGCUCCAGAUCGCAUGGGACGCACAGACUCUGGAUAUGGCGAGAAUGAAAAUCGUCUCCUCAACGAUCUUGCUUACGUAGAUAAAACAUAUUACAACAAUCGUCGUCCAGCAACGCAUUCACGGGAGCCAAAGCAUCCUGCCUUAUCCACCAUCACCAUUACUUUUACCGACGUUGCAGUAGCGUCUAUCGACAAAACGAUGCAGGAGGUGAAUUUGUCAAGUCGUUCUUUGGGCAGUCUGAGUCCCAAUAUCGGACUCUUGACGAUGAUACGUAAAUUGGUUCUUUCGGACAAUCAGUUGACAAAGCUUCCGGAAACCAUUGGCUAUUUGCAAAAUCUUGAAAGUCUAUCCAUCGACAAUAACCAGUUGAAAAAAUUACCGGACUCUAUCGGUCAUCUUUCGCGACUCACGGAAUUGGACGUAUCCAAUAACUGUUUAACGUCAUUACCAUCAACAAGCUUCUAUCUCAAGAAAUUGCAGACGCUUAAUUUAUCGAAUAAUCAGUUGACCAAUUUACCCAUCGAUGUGAUCGGCAUGUCGAAUCUCGCCACUCUCGAUGUAUCGUACAAUCCGCUCACCAUUCUACCCGCAGAGAUUAUUCAAUUGGCUUAUCUGCGACGACUGAUCCUCUUUGAAUGCCCACUUGAGACCACGCCCGAGUAUUCGCUGACACAUGAUCCCCCUAGCUUAUUUGAAAUCUGCGCUCGCCAAGUUAUACGGGACCAGGUUCCUACGCACAAUCUCCCGGAUUAUUUGCUCAAUUAUCUCGGAACAGCCAAAACUUGCACCUCGUGCCAGGGACCUUAUUUUGAAUCUCAUGUUGUACGUAGUCGCUUGGUGGAAAGGGGUGAUUUGAUGGUACCGCUGGAAUAUCGGCUUUGUUCCGCUCACUGGACGGAUGAUCAAGAUCGCACCUUGUCCAUGUUUUCCAGUCGACCUCCCACCAGUUGUGUCCAUCGAGUAUUCCCCUCAAGGAGAAACUUGCCGCCAAUACCCCACCAUGGAUCUCAGAAAAUGACCAUGUUAGCGCGUCGACCGCGUUACGCCUCCUCAUCAUCCCAUCCUACUCUAUCUGCUGGCAUGGAUAGCGCUAUACAGAAUGACGAAGAUGAUCUGGUCAAUUCGCCACAGAAACUCUUGUCCGGGUGGAGGUCUGCGCAACGCAUGCGGGUGAUGAACCGGAAUCAUUCGGGAUUCCUCAGCCUCACGACGAAAUUAAAGAGACCUGCCAAUUUGUACAGCAAUCACUCAAAACGAUGAUCCUUUCUUGUCUUCACAUGUUUAUCUGUAGUAUAUCCCCUCAAUUAUAAAGAAGACAAAAAGCAAAAGAACAACGCAUAUACAAUAAACUCAAAACGGAUACCUGCUUGUAGAAUAAAGAUCUGGAAAGCAAAUUAUCAGGCUUUGGGUGGGGGAGGUGGAGACAAGUCAUGUGCGAUCAAACAAGG